GGGCACAGGUGGGUGGCACUGGUGGGCACAGGUGGGUGGCACUGGUGGGCACAGGUGGGUGGCACUUCUGGGCACAGGUGGGUGCACUGCUGGGCACAGGUGGGGGCACUGCUGGGCACAGGUGGGUGCACUGCUGGGCACGGGUGGGCGGAGCUAGUGGGCGCACUGCUGGGCGGAACUUGCGGGUGUCACUGCUGGGCACCGAUCAUCAGGGCACUGAUCAUCAGUGCCCUGAUGAUCGGUGCCGAUCCCCGCUCUGACAACUGCCGGUUCUCGGCAGUACUUUCCUCACGAUCUGACAGCGUGAGGAAAGUGCAGCCGAGAACCGGCACUUGC